CAGAUUCUGUUAUCAAUAACUGUAAAUCACGAUUAUCUCUUAAUGUCUGCAGAAAUCUUAAAUGCUCUCAUUGCAGGAUCAAUUGGAGGUCUCGCCGGCGUUAUUGCAGGAUACCCCCUGGAUACAAUAAAGGUCCGCCUUCAAACACAGAAUGUCACUUUUCCUCAAUACAACGGUAUACUCCAUUGUCUUCGCUGUAUUAUAUCGCAGGAGGGUCCAAUUGCAUUGUAUAAAGGAAUGACAAGCCCUCUUGCGAGCAUUGCAAUGGUGAAUGCUUUAUGUUUUGCUGCACACGACCAAGUUUCAAAACAAUUUACUGAUAAGCACUCCAUUACAACAAAUUUUUUCGCUGGUGCUGCCGCUGGUGCUUGUCAGGCGUUUGUCGUAUCUCCCAUGGAACUGCUUAAAAUACGCCUACAAAUACAAACUGAAGUGGAAAUAUCAAAUUCCCCUUCUGAUAUAGCCAAGAAGAUACUUCGUGAGAAGGGCGUGCGUUAUCUCACUCGAGGUUUUCUUUCGACGCAAGUACGUGAUUGCCCAGCAAUGGGUGUAUAUUUUGCCUCAUUCGAAUACAUUGGUCGUCAAAUUAGUAGCACUAACAACAUUGAGGGGCUUAAUUCUUGGCAAUUGUUACUAGCCGGUGGUGGUGCAGGAAUGCUCUCUUGGUUGGCUAACUAUCCUUCUGAUAUUAUCAAGACUCGUUUCCAAGCUGACGAGAGAUACUCAAAUUCUUUUCCUGCAAACGCUGCUACAUUCUUUGCGGUUGAAUGGACAUAUCGGUUAUGGUUGCGCAGACCUAUAGUUUCAAUUGACUCUACUCUUCAGCAUGAGGAAAGACAGGUUUUGACUGCUGCCUCUGGCCUAAUGAUGAUUCAGUCAGAGGCAGGGCGCACGUUAUUUGAACCGAUAUUAGUCAUUUGA